GUGACAGAGAGAGAGAGAGAGUUUUGAUCCACCCUCCACUGCUGCAUCAAAAAGAACACUGAGAUGGAGUGUGUGUGACUGAUGUGGUUGAUUCUCCAUCAGGAAUCACAGACACUAACAUCAUCUACAGUGACGGAGUUUUCAGAGUGGUGAGUGAGGAUGAACUGGGUGACAUUCUACGCUGUGAUCAGUGGUGGUAGUCGUCACUCCACGGCUCUGGGGCGAGUGUGGCUCUCGGUGCUCUUUGUGUUCCGUGUGUUGGUGUUGGCUGUGGCAGCGGAGAGCGUGUGGAGUGAUGAGCGUGAGCAGUUCACAUGUAACACGCAGCAGCCAGGCUGCAACAGCGUGUGCUACGACCACUUCUUUCCCAUCUCACACACUCGCCUGUGGGCGCUGCAGCUCAUUCUGGUGUCCAGCGCCGCCUUGCUAGUGCACAUGCACGUCGUGCACCGGAAGCACCUGCAGAAAAAGAUGCGGCGCCACCACCCAGGUUCGGGCGAGCUGGAACGAAUUGCCGCACGUGCCACGGAGAUCAGCGGUGCCCUCUGGUGGACCUACAUCCUCAGCCUCUUGGUGCGUGUCAUUUUUGAGUCAGCCUUCCUCUACCUGUUCUAUGCCAUAUACCCCGGAUAUCGGAUGUUCCGCCUGGUCAAGUGUGAUGCCUAUCCCUGUCCCAACACCGUUGACUGUUUCGUCUCACGUCCCACUGAGAAAACUGUCUUCACCAUCUUCAUGCUGGCUGUCUCAGGUGUCUGUGUCCUCCUCAACAUUGCAGAGAUCAUCUUCCUCAUUGCCCACGCUGUGAGCAAACACCUGAACUCCAGCGACCAGUCACAUGUGGGAGCCUGGAUCAGCCACAAACUUUUCUCCUACUAAAGAGCUGUUUUAUUUAAAUGAAAAACACUCAUCUUCACACUGCAUCACCUCACUGCAUCACCAUGUUCACACUGACACGCUCACACUUGCCUCUUUCAUUAUUCUGAUAAUAAAUAAACCACUGUGCUGUAUAUUUUAGCUAACAUUAAUGACAUUGAGUAACUAAUGAAGGUUAAUAACAAUCUAAUCUAACCUAAGCUUCCAUCUGUCACACUGUGAAAUCAGCCUUAACAGUUCACUAGAUAACUAGAUUUAACUAAUUGUGAAUAAGAGCAGGAGUACGGUCCCUACCUUAAAUACACAAAAAGUCAGGGGUGUGUUUAAAGGGUGUUCAAUCUCUGAGUUCUAGGCUAACAGAAGAGCUUACCUUGAAUGGGACAUUAUAUGGUAUCAUCAUGUCAUUUACAUAUGAUAAUUAAUAACAAAGGUUCCUGAUUCAUACUUU